AUGGUGCGGUUCAAGCAUAGGUACCAGCUCUGCAAACUGAUGUCUGACGACCCCCGCUGCCGCCUGAGCCUGGAUGACCGGGUGCUGGACGGCCUCGUAUGGGACACGAUCGCCCAGGUACACAGGACCUUCGGCGCGGCUGCUUGCUUGAUCGGCUUCGCAGGUACAAUUAGAACAUGUCAGAAGUUCCUAAUUCACUACAACAGAAGGCAGUUGUUGAUCUUGUUGCAGAACUGCACUGAUGGAGAACGGGAAGCUAUCCAGAAGUCAGCUACAAGAAGUUGUUUACUAGAGGAGGAGUGAGGAGGCUGCUAAAGCAAUGGA